GCGUCUGCGCAGUGCGGAGACGAGGGCCUGAACCCCGGCGACGUGCGUACGUGUUUGCGUGCGACCCGUUUAGUCCCGUUCUGGUUCUGUUCGGUCGUCCCCGGCGCGGAGUUGGGCCGAGUUGAGAUUCAGUACGACAUAAAAAUGUCUGCGAAAAGAGCUCUGGUCAUCCUGGCCAAAGGAGCAGAGGAGAUGGAGACAGUCAUUCCUGUCGACGUCAUGAGGCGAGCUGGAAUUAAAGUCACCAUUGCGGGGCUGGCUGGGAAGGAGCCAGUGCAGUGCAGCCGAGAUGUUCUCAUUUGCCCGGAUGCCAGUCUGGAGGACGCAAAAAAAGAGGGACCUUACGACGUGGUGGUGCUGCCGGGAGGUAACCUGGGCGCACAGAAUUUAUCGGAGUCUGCCGCCGUGAAGGAGAUCCUGAAGGAGCAGGAGAAGAGGAAGGGCCUCAUUGCUGCCAUCUGUGCAGGUCCUACGGCUCUUCUGGCUCAUGAAAUAGGUUUUGGAAGCAAAGUUACGACACACCCGCUUGCUAAAGACAAAAUGAUGAAUGGGAGCCGGUACAGCUACUCGGAGAACCGCGUGGAGAAGGACGGCCUGAUCCUCACGAGCCGCGGGCCCGGGACCAGCUUCGAGUUCGCGCUCGCCAUCGUGGAGGCGCUGAGCGGCAAGGACGUGGCCGCCCAGGUGAGGGCGCCGCUCGUGCUCGCGGAUUAGAGCCGCAGCUUCGAGAACGCAGUCGUCGGAGCAGCGGAGCCUGCUCCCGGGGCCGGCCCCCCGCGCCUGCGCCCUGGCCCCGCGGUCCUGACCCUGCCUGUCCACAGAUGGCACUGAGCGAACUGCUGGUGGUUUUCCUUCGCCACUGCUUUCCCCUCCGCUGUUGGCGAAAUCGCGUUCACGGGCAGCCUCGCCCGUUCGCUGUCGAUGCGCCCCCGAGGGGUGAGCGGAUAGUGAGCACGUCUGUCACAGCCCGGCAGGGAUUUAGGAGGCUGUGAACUCCUCUCGUGUGAGUUGUGCAUCGUUAACGUGCUAUUAAAAGAUCCCAAGGAA